AUGGACGUGGGAGUCCCUACUCAGCUCCUGGGGCUCCUGCUGCUCUGGCUCCGAGGUGCCAGAUGUGACAUCCAGAUGACCCAGUCUCUGUCCUCCCUGUCUGCAUCUGUAGGAGACGGAGUCACCAUCACUUGCCGGGCAAGUCAGGGCAUUAACAAUGAGUUAGCCUGGUAUCAGCAGAAACCAGGGAAAGCCCCUACACUCCUGCUCUAUUCUGGAUCCAGUUUGCAUACAGGGGUCCCAUCUCAGUUCAGUGGCAGUGGAUCUGGGACAGAUUUCACUCUCACCAUCAGCAGCCUGCAGCCUGAAGAUGUUGCAACUUAUUACUGUCGACAGGAUUAUAAUACCCCGUCCACAGUGUUACAAGCCAUAACAAAAACCCCCAGGGAAGCAGAUAAUCCAUGCUGCUGUUCAGAGCUCAUAUCAAUGUCUGGGUUAGAACUCGGGAAGAACGGCUCAGUUAGGACCCAGAAAGACUCACGGAAGCCCCAGUUCAUCUUCUCUGCCUUCUGUACUCUAGCUCCUAAGAACAGAGACUUCCUCAUGUGUGUGUGCAGUCAGAACACUGGGAACUCUUUAGCUUGGUAUCAGCAGAAACCUGGGAAGGACCCCUGGUUCCUCAUCUAUGGUGGAUACAACAGGGCUACUACCAUCCCAGAGGGAUUUAGUGGUCAAGGAUCAGAGACAGACUUUAGUGUCACCAUCAGCUGCCUGGAGCCUGAAGAUUUUGCACUGCUUUGUCUUUUUUGA